UUGACUCUGACCUCCUCUCAUACACACAUCAUGCCCACUUCUCCCUAAUCUAUUGAAGCAUCUUGCAAAACAUUUUUGAAACUUUCUUGCAACACAUUUAUCUUGACUUGACCAUGUUUUUGUCAAUAUUUGUGGCAUUUGGACUUCUCCUUAAUCUCCCUCAGAGCUUGGAAAAUCAAGAGGUGGUCUUAAGAGACAUCAUUAUUGACCAUAAUGUGACAGGAGUCUUAGGAGAGGAAGUACACCUGCGUUGUUUGUACUCUGGCAAACACAACAUCAGUGAUUCUUCCUGGAAGCGCCUGGAUUCAGGAAAUAGAGCAAAGAUGAUGGCAGGACACAAAAAUGGCAAGACAUUCGCCAAAGACAACUUCUCCACUCCAGCAUCCCACACCAAUCUUACUGUGAAAGUGAGCAUAAACAGCUUAGAGGUAGAGGGACAGUAUGCAUGCGUGUUUAGCACAGAAGAAGAGGAAAUAAUGGAUAGCCUGUUCCUUAGUGUAAUUGCCCGGCCCCGUGUGAACAUCCAUGCAGAGGAAGACGUUCUGAAUGAAACUCAUUACCAAAGCAUCUUCUGUUCAGCUUCCUAUGCCAAGCCCAGUGCGAGUCUCCAUUGGGACAUCCAUGGGGCUCCACCCAGUGAGCGCAUUUUCUCCAUCCAGAACACAUGCUCUACACUGCCAAACGGCACAGUCAGUAUUGUCAGCAUGCUACGAUUCCCCAUCCACUUGAAUAAUGAAGAUAGUGUUGCCUGUGUGAUUCGGCACCCAGCUUUGACUGAACCUAGCACAACUGUAAUAAAGUUACAGACAUUUGUUUCUCCAAAUGUAACCAUGGAAGUGGCCCUGAUUGAAAAAGAAGGAAAAGCCUUCCUUGAGGUCCUCUGCAGAGCAAAAGGAGGGAGGCCUCAUCCGUCAAUCACUUGGAUCCAACCUGAAUAUGCAGACACAUCAUGCACUGAUCAUUUCAAGAAAUCUGAUUUGGCUUCUAGUUCUCACUGCUUCCCAUUAGAUGUUUAUGAGGGUGAAAAUAUCACCUGCAUUUUUGGUUACCCACAUCUUUCCAUAAAGAGAAAUGUUACGCUGCCAACAUACUAUCUCACCGCUCUUCAGCUGACAAACAGCAGUAUUAAGGUGAACCGUUUAAACACCUCUGAUUUAGUGAUAUUAGAAGAGGAGGACAGUGACAUCAGAAUCAGCAUGGAAGUGUUGGGAAAUGUCCCAAGAUAUAAAAUUAAUUGCACAAAGGAUGGUGAACCUCUGUCAGACGAUGUGAAUAUAUUUGUCAGUGGUCUCAUGAUAAACGGUGCUGUUGGGGCAAAUCAUGCGGGCCAAUACCAGUGCCAAGCCUCCUACUACAGACAUUCAGCCUCUUUACAGUUUGAAAUAGAAGUGAAGCCCAGAGUCCGAGUACCAGCUCUCAUCAAUGUGACACUGCUCUCCAAUACAUCUUGGGAGAAUGGGAUUGAGUAUACAGAGGUGAAAUGCAUGGUAGAUAAUGUGUUUCCUGAUGCCAAUAUUACUUGGGAUACAGGAGACUGCAGAAGUAGAAUCAGUACCUCUGAGCCUGGAAAUGUAGUGUCUGGAAGUCAGCAGGACCACGGUGUGGUUUGGAACACAGCACGGUUCCCAGUUAAUUCUUAUGCAGGAUGCACAGUAAUUUGUGUGGUGCAUCACAACGGGUUAGAGAAACCGGUACAAAAGAGCAUUCAUAUCCCUUUAAUAGGACCACCCAGAAGUUAUGUGAGCAUUGGUUUGCAGAAAGACUCCACACACUGGGCUGCUGUGUGUGAAUACAAAAGUGAUGGGGCCAUAACCAACAUCUCCUGGGUCAUUUCUGAUACCAAUACAACUGCCUUACCUUUGACCAGAAAUACCUCAAGAGAGGGCAGUAAGGUGCUUGCCACAUGCAUUUAUAAAUUUGAGCUGCGCCAGCAUGAGGGAAAGUUCUUGACUUGUGUGAUCCAAAACGUAAACGGGGAAGUUGAAAGGAGAACCAUACAUGUCCCAAAUUUCUUUAUCUCAUCUAUCGUGGUUUUGAACAAAACUAUUCCACUGCAUGGGAGCCAUGGGCAACAUACUGGCUUGCACAGAGUUGCAUUGAAGGAACAUGUUUCCAAUCAGAGGAUAAUUUUUAGAGUUAAUGGAAAUGCAUCAGCAACUAAUAUCAAAUGUUUAAGAUCCAAUGGACUUUCUGCCCACACUGUUGGUAUGGCCCUGGUUUUUGCUCAGCAAGUGUCAGAGAGUGAUGCUGGUUUGUACACAUGCAUUACAUCCUGGUACCAUCACAAUGCCACAGUCACUGUUCUGGUGGAUGUAACCAGCCAGGAAAUCCACAGCAUGAUGCUUAUCCUGAUCUGUUUCUCCUCUGCUGUUGUAAUUGCCCUCAUACUGAUGAUCACACUCUGCAUAUUCUGCAAAAGAAAUGAAGAAACUCAUUCUUCAACCCAGGACUGGAAGAAGCGCGAGUCUCUGGCUGCCCUGAUGCAGGACCCACGCUCACCAGACCUCAAGAAGGCCAGAGGGAAAGGGCAGGAGUAUGCAGAGCUAGUGCACUACUCCAUAGUGAUUGAUGUGAAAAGUAUGGUGUGAGGGCAGGUUUGAGUAUUCAGAGGUGUGAAAUGUGAAUAGAUUUUAAAAGAGCAGCAUGCUACUUUUGAGUAACAGUGCAUGUAUAUGAAUGUAAAACUACGAUUUAAAAUGUAUUCAUUACUGUUAUAUCACUUUUUUUUUUUGUUUUACAGUGAUGAUGUUUUGUCAUUUUUGUGAUCUGAAUUAACUCAUUAAAAGACUAUAGUGCUUUCAUUA